CGCAGGGUGCGGUGAUCUGGUUGAUCGGGCCACAAUAUUGCUAUAUGACGUCCUCGGCCUGUCGUGUGACGUUUUGGCUCCAAGCUUCAGCGCCCGGAGGCCCGAGUGCCCAGCUGAUGGUGAUUUAGGGCCCCUGCGCGGCCGUGGCAACGGCGGUCCCUGGCACGCUGCGGGCGCUGGUGCGCGGGUCGGCGGCCGAGGUGGGCCUCCCGAUGGCCAUGCGCCUCGCCAUCGCGGCAGCUCCCGGGGCGCACGGCGCGUGCGCCGCACCGCUGGCGGUCGAGGUCGAGGCCGCCGACACAGUGGCCAUGCUCAAGGGAAGAGUGCGGGACAGGGAGGGCAUCUUGGAGGCGGAGCAGAGGCUCCUCUACAACGGCAAGCAGCUGGAGGACUCUCGCCAGCUGUCCGACUACAAUCUCGUCGACGGGGCGGAGAUCGUGCUGGUGCGUCGCCUGCCCGCCGCGUCCGCGGCGAAACUGGCGGCCAUCUACGGCGAGCGGCGCCCCAGAACUCGUCCAGGUUCCGCCGCAGGCCGCCCCAGCGAAGCGGCGCCCGGCAGCGCCGCCGCGGAGAAGACGCCGCCGCCGCCAACGCUGGCGGCGCCCCUCGCGAAGCAGCCGCAGCAGCAGCCCGCCCCAUGGGCGCAGCCGCGCGUGCCGCCCCUGCAGGGCUGCAGUGGCGGAGCGUCCCUGUUUGCCUACAGGGCCACGAACUCCGGGGGGGUCCUUUCCGUCUUUUCCUGCGCUGUGCUCAAUCAGCCCACAUGUGUGCGACGUGUCUGGUACGCCUUAAGCGCCGCGGUCUAAACCAACUGAGCUCUGAAAUGCCGACGGGCACGCUAGAUAAGAAAAGAAAGAGAGCGAGAGCGA